ACGCUGUGCUAUGUAGCUUGUGAACUACUGGAAUAAUUACCUUAAAAUGUUGUACUUUAUUUUUAGUAUAACGGUAAUUUUCAAUCCGGACCCGUUCCCACAAUAUUCCAUUCUGGGAAUUAAUUUCACACACCUUCAACUGUUGGUCCGAUCUUCCGACUGGGAUACAUUUUCCUAUAGACCAGUAUCUGUCUAAAAAUAGCACAUUUCUAUACUAUCCACUUUGUCACAACCUAUAUUACUACACAACAGAAACGUGUUGCCUACGAAUACAAAGGAACACUUACUCACCCAGAAAACGCGAAAAAUGCUAGCAAGACUUCACAAGACCGGAAACUUUCCAACAACAUUGCAAGUGCACGAAUGGACCACUAGGAGCACACAUAUACAAGCGAUGUGACUCAAAAGCGAAGACGAAAAUGCUCUGCGAACUGGGUGUAAAUCGAAGAAACUCGUCGCAAUUCCUCGUCAUAAAACCAACAACAGCUCUUCCACUUCCACGGUAAUACCUUAUUAUAACGUCAGACACUGCUAAAAGCAACCCACUCCGAACGGAACAAGAACGCAGCACGCACGGGGACGAGCUGUCUUGAAAACUGACAUGCAUGUGCUAACAGAAUACACAAGGAUCAAACAACUAAUCACAUGAAAGGACAUAGACAACAAAUGGCAAACCGACAGUGAACAGACAUCAUGUUGACUUGCAUCUUUCAUUGGUCAAGCAAUGCCGGAACUAGUCGGACCUGCACCACAUGUUACUGGGAUUUCUCCCAAUGAAGGAACGCCGGGCACAAAACUGACUAUACGGGGGGAAAACCUUGGGCAGACCGCAAGUGAUUUGACGCAUGUUUUCAUAAAUCAGAUCGACGUCGGUCCUACUGCCCAGUGGUUUUCAUCAAGUCGUAUCACAGCAAUUACCCCGCUUGGGGAAGGGGAGCUGGAUAUUGUCGUGGUGACUAAUAACGGAAAAUUCGGGACUUCUGCAGUGAGCUACCGUCAAGUAACCAAACGAAAUGUGGGUCCGCAAACGUCGGUAACGUAUUGGCCAAUGGAUGAGCGGCGUUAUUGUCCGGCAAUCUACGAACAUGGCGGUAAAGCCGGUUCAGGUGCUGACUCGGUGGCUUCCGGAAGGGGUGCUGGAGGCGGUGAGCUCGAUCCAUCCACUGGACUUCCAAUGUCCGAAUUAACCCGAAUAAGCAUUCCGCUUUCCGAAUCGGCAUUAAGGACUAUCUAUCCAACUCUGGGCUCUGUUCAAUUGACGGAUAAGGACUUUGAUCCGUUGCUCUUUCUCCUCAAGUUUUAUAAAAACAGCAACUUCAAUGACCUCACAGUGACGUAUAACAAUUUCCGGAAAAGUGUGAAACUUGAAGGAUUGGGCGAACCAAUCAACGUUAUGCGUACAAAUCUACUUCUCAUUUUUCGCUGCUUGGAUGGAUUAGAUUCACUGCGACUGCGUUUGAUAUCUGAGAAACAGUCUGGAUCUGGGCAGCAGUUUCAGCUUCCUUUCGAGACAUCUCUCUCAGAGUCAAGAGACAUCGCGCACUCGUUGUUCAAAGGAAUCCUCAAACGGAGAGACAGAGCGGAAUCCACCAGGAACGCAAUCGAUGUGAUGCAACGUUACCAAUUUUUGUUCAAUCUCCCACAUGCCAUCCGGUCGAAUAUAUUGAAGGGUGAUUACAGCUUGGUACUCAAUGAUUACUUGCGGGCCAAAUCGCUGUUCGCCAAUUCCGACGUGAAGGUGCUUUCUCGCGUAUAUGGUGAUGUGGAAAACGCCAUCAACAACUUCCGCGAUCUGCUAUGCACACAGUUGACCACGAUGCCUAUCGAGUGCGACGAGGCGAAACGAAAAGUCGGCUACCUGCUCCAACUCGAAGUCGAUUUUGACCCAACUUGGUUAUGUUUGUGCCGAUUCAAAGAAUGGCUCAUCGAACAAUUACGCAUGUACCAACAAAGCUACCGCCAGGUUACCAACCCGAAGCCUGGGUUGGGCGAUCUGUCUUUGUCCACAAUUGGAAGCGACCAGCAUGCCUGCAAAUCCAGUUCGAAACAUUGGUUUGAUACUCUUUCAUCCAAGGACCUGCCUCCUAUGGUCGCCUUGGUGGAGUCAGUAUGCCAACUGCUCACCCAGCACGUUGUCCAGUUUUGGCGUCUCGGUGCUUUGUACGCGACCACGCCUGCAGGUGAUGUGAGUCGGAUGGAAACCGUCGACUCGAAAUCCCACACACUGUCUUCUGGAGUACAGCGCGACAUUCAGCAUAUUCAAGGUCCGACAGCGAACACGCAGCCGAUUCCCACGGAUCCGAAGACCGCCUGGUCGCAAAUGAAUCUGGAGUUACUUCAUUUACUGGCAAACACAAUGCGUGAUGAGAUCCUGGAUGCUGUGGGUGGCGGCACCAAGGAUGCACUCAUCACCAACUGGCUCCCGCAGUGCAUCAGUGUGUACAGGCGUUGCUGCAACGUUCUGCCCCUAACUGAACUCCCCCCUGAAUGUGGCGAUAUAUUUUCCCGACUUGCUCAUGACCUUCGACGUCACGCCGUUCGUGGCAUAUUCCAGCGCGCAAGAAGCCUGAUAGAGGUCUUGCAACUGCGGGAGUCAUGGGACGUGAAUCUUUCCGAUUCGGAUGGCGGAGUCACUAAGUUGCCCGGUCUGUACGAAGAAACGAUGAUCGAGGCUCUGGAUCGCUGUCGUGACCUGGUGUCGCCUCAGACGGCGGUGGAGAAGCCGUUAUUCGAGUCCGCCGAAUUGCGCGAACGCUUCCCCGACUGGUGCGGUGAUGCAAUGGUCGCGCUCAUUUCCACAUUCCGGAGGUUGGCCGAUCGGAUUGAAUCUACCGUUCCGCAUCUUAAACCCGGCAAAAACGAGGCAACGCAACCCGACCGCUCACACCCAACUUCGACGAGCAACAGGCAGAUAAACCAAUCGGCUAUCCUUUCACAGGUUCGUGGUCUACUUUUGAUACUAAACAACGCAAACUGGGUCCAGCGACAUGCGAACCCACGUCUCCUUGCAGCCUACACUUCUGCCGGUUACGCAUCGCCGAAUCGUCUGAUGGAGCGCCUCACUGACACUUGGCAGAAGGAAAUCGCAGAUCUUGCUUCUCGCUACGUCAGGCUGCGUGGUCCAUGGCUUUGUAACCCCAUCAGACCAUCCCUUACCAAGUUUUUGAACGGAUUACCGUGCACUCCUGACCAAGCGCCCUCCAGUUAUAAACUGCACUCUUCCUUCCGAACUAUCCUCGCCAAUCUGUCCCACAUUUACUCAGAAUUAGUUCUUCUCUUUGGAGUCCAGUGUGUGCAGUCCGUACGGAACCAUCGAGCUGAGUCUUCUUCUACUCAGCAAAACCCACUUCUUCUCAUUCUUACCCAAAUUGUUUUCAUGCUGGUGGACCAGUUGAGGCUCUGCUUCGCCGAGGUGGUUGACAAAGGAUCGCCCCGACCCGCUCAUACUACAACUUUAAUUGGGUCUGCGGAAUGGUCAAAAGAGCUAAUUGCCACCGUCCGGAUUCAUUCUGAUGCUGUCAAACUCAUUAAACUAUUGUAUUCGUCCGUUAACUCGAAACACUGCGGUGUCCGAGGAAUUGACCGAUGUGGACGGAACGAUAUCCAGCGGCAUACGUUUUCAGGCGUUCCAGCCUCCUCGUGAACCCACAAAGGAGACUGUAAAUAAAU